ACAAGCGCCCCUAUCAACGUAAACAAACAUAAGUCUCCUUUCUCCCAAGAGUUUGUUAUAAAUACCCUGCCGUCACCCCGACCAGUGCACAUACGUACAGCCCCAUUGAACCACGCGCGCACGUGUAUAUUGCUCAUUUUCAUACAAAUAUUCAUAACCCUAAAUAACCGGAGUUCCAUUAGCCGAGGAGAAGAGACUUGUUCAAUUAGUAUAUUGAGUGCAGCACAUCCUCGGGUCGGUAUAUACCACGCAUCCCUAUGGUUCUUACGGAUCUCGGCAUGUUUGCUCAACAUCAGCUUCAGGGGAUGCGGUGCUCUGAGCAGCCCUCUCCUCCACUGGACUACUCCGACCAUCAGGAGCGUGACGUAAUAGCAACCAUCAAACAAGAGUGCCAGGAAAACUAUUCAAAAUCGCGGAAAAACAAAAGGAAACGGUCAGAGGACAACAACAAUGUGAGUGUUGACGUUAGCAAACCGUUCGAACUUUACCACGACUUAGAAUCAAUAUCGUCUUCGUCACUGUCGUCAGCGUCGCUGUCACCCGGAUCUGACUGUUCAACAGACAUUCACUGCAACAAAAAGGCGAGGAGAUCUUUAACGACUAAAACUUCCCCAAAUGACGUGGCUGACAUUCAAAAUCAACGAGUGAUGGCUAACGUGAGGGAACGGCAGAGAACACAGUCACUAAAUGAGGGAUUUUCUAGUCUGCGGAAGAUUAUUCCCACGUUACCAUCCGACAAGUUGAGUAAGAUUCAGACUCUGAAACUCGCCACUCGUUACAUAGACUUUCUGUAUCAGGUACUGAGGACAGACGACGCAAAUGACAACUCAAACAAAAUGGCGGCGUCGUGUAACUACGUCUCCGACGACCGCCUUAGUUACGCUUUCUCCGCGUGGCGGAUGGAGGGAGCCUGGUCCAUGCCAACACACUGACCGGAACUUCAUGGAAACUUUCUAUGAUUCAGAUACGCACGGCGCCCUUGUCAUGUUUCCCAGCAGUUGAUGCAAGAUGGCGACCGGAAGGAAUACAGCGCCCUCUGUGAUGACAUUCACCAGAUGUCGGAAGCACGAGAUGGACAGUUCGCUGUAAACGACAACCAUUCCAUAAACUUUAUCAGGGUUUACGACUCACCUUUGCAGCAAAUUGAACUGGUCACUUUGCUUGCUGCCUUGACCUCUGAUCAGAGACCUUGACCCUCGGUCAGUGUAUAUGUGUAAUUUUCUAUACAUGUGGUCAGUAGAUGACAAAAGUGGUUGUGUUGAUUUUCUUGAGGAUGACAUAUGAACCCGAUCAGAUGGCAGCAUCUAGUUAAUCAUACAAAUGAUUGGUCAAUAUUUGACAUUUUAUCCAACAAUCCCUAAAGUGUACCAAAUGAUGUGUGGGUUUUCAGAAUAACUUUGACACGCGUAUUACACGUGAUGCAUUUAGUCAUUUGUUCAGUUGAAAUGAGUGAUUUAUCAAAUGAAUUUUAUUAAAAUAUGUCAUGAAAGAAAAAA